AUGCAGCCGUCGCAGGGCGGCCCGGAGCCCAUGGCCUCAGAGGUGAUGUCCAGGCUUCUCUUCCGGGUCCUGCUGCCGUGUUCCCUGCUCUCAGCUGUUUUAUCCAGGUACAAUGGCUUCUCAGUGGUCUACCUGGUGUUUCUUCUGCUCAGCCCACUGCUGGGGGCACCUUCGGCUGGUUGCAUGAGAGGGAGCACCAAGCUCUUCCUGCGAGCCGUGUGGGCCACCAGUGUCCUCUUCCUACUGCUGCAGGGUGCUCUACAGGUUGCCUUUGUCUCCCUGGGACCCGAAGGUGCUGUUUGGGAGGAGGCCAUCCAGCAUCUGGGGGUUGUCAGGUUCAGCCGGGUGGAUGCGAUGGACAUUGUGCGCCUCCUGGCCCCGGACAUUGGGAUGGCACUUGUGGGCCUGGUCACCGCCAGGCUGGGCCGUGAGCUGGCGAGGCCUCCUGGGACCACAGCACCUUCCCCUUUCGAUACCACGGACCACGAGGAGGACGAGACGGCGGGAGAGAGAGACAGCAUGGAGCAUUAUGAGAGCGAUAUUGAGGGCGAUGUCCCUUGCUGGUGCUCUGAGCUCAGUGACGAGAAGGCUACGGAGGCCGAGGGGACAAGAGAGGAGUGGGUCCUGAAAGUUGCUGCCUUCACUUCAGGCUUGAAAGCUGUCUUGGAGCCCUUUUUCCCUGCUGCAUGGAAGGUCCUGGUGACCCUUCUGCUGGGUGCAGCAGGGAUGAUCUCCCCUUCCAUGACCUCGGCCGUGUACUUUGGGGCCUUCCUGGGCCUGGGCUCCUGGUGGGCGUGCGGCCAGGCUCUGAGCACCGUGGCCUUCAGCACCCUGUGUGUCUUCAUGGCCAUCUUCACCACCGGCCACCUGGGGGGCCUGUACCUUUACCAGCUACCCUUCUUCCAGAACUGCGUGCCUCCCGACGACAUUUACGCCAGGCUGCUGGGGAUGACCGCCCUCAUCAGGACCAACCACACAGAGGUCUGGAAGCUGCACCUCCAUCCCGGUCUCAGCUGGCCAGAAAUGGUAAACCCCCUGAUCCUCUUGCUGUCCUACUACACACUGGUUCUCCUGCUGCAACAGCAGGCCCUGCAGUCUGGGAAGCCAGAAGAGAGGGAGGCAGUCCCUACGAGGUCGCCAAGCCGAGGUGAGCACCAGGAGCUGCGCUCUGUACUGUGGACCUCAGGCAGUGAGGAGGAACAGGUGACGCCCCUCCCAGGUGGGAGCUGGCAGGACCUCCCCCUUCUGCAUGGAGCCCCAGGACAAUGCCUGGACCUGGACCCACCAGCAUCCUUUGUGUCGGAAAAGAGUCAGACAAGCUCAGGACAUGCUGCCUCCGCCACUCCUACAGAGUCGGGGCUCAGCUGCGCCUCGGUCUUGGGCUACCUCGCCAUAAGGCAUAGCCAUGUCCCCGCACUGAUCACCAUGAUGGUGUGGAGCAUCUGCUUCACAGGCUGGCCAGGCUGCUUGUUGCUGCUCUGGGCCUGUGUCAUCUGGAUGGCCCGGGAUCCCUGCCGCCUGGCCCUGAGAAGUGCACCCUUCCUGGUCGGCUACGCCAACAUCCUGAUCGUCCUCAGUUUCGUGGCGGGCCUCCGUGUGUCCCGAGAGGAGCUGUUCCCCGGGGCCCCGGGCUGGCUCCUCGCUGACCUGGACCUGAAACCCUACCUGCAGCCAUGUCUCCACCUGGGUGCCAAGAGUCUCUGUGCGUCUGUGUUCUGGCUGCUGCUGCGGCUGCAGGUCUCCAAGAGUCGGAGGCCGGCGGAGGAGGAGGCCUGGAGGGGGGACCUCGGGGACGUGAGCGGGCCUGGCAGCGUCCUGCUGAGCGUUCCUGCCACCAUCCUCAAGAGUCUCCUAGUCGAGUACUGGGUCUGCCUUGGUGCCGCCCUGCUCUUUGCUGUCAGCUUUGCCGGCAAAGUGGUGGUAUACAGGGUUGUCUACAUCCUCCUCUUCCUGUUCUGGGUGGCCUGGUACCAGAUACACACUAAUUCCUGGAGAAGGAGCUCCAAGUGCUUCUGGAUGCUCGUGGUCUCUUACUCCGUGGUGGUCCUUUUCGCUGUCUACACUUUCCAGUUUCAAGCUGUUUCUGGAUUUUUCAAUGAAACCCUAGGACUGUCUGAAGAGGGGCUCCGAGACCUGGGCCUGCAGCGGUUCCACGUGGCCAUGCUGUUUGCUGAGCUCCUGUUGCCCGCCGCGCUGCUCCUGGCAGGCAUCCUCCACUGUCGUUGUUGUAAUGAAGACCUCAGGAAGACCACCGGCUCCGUUACCUGGGAGGGCUCAUCUGACAGAUUAAGACGCAGCGGGGAAGAGGACGCCACUCAGAACUGUGCCGACAAAGCCAGCAGUUCCGAAUGGAAGGCGGAGGAGUCUGGAAGGCUGGGGAGGAAGGUGCCAGCAGAGGAGGAAACGAGUGAUUGGGACUUGGCAGUUGACAAGCUGACUGCUGGCUUUCAGAAGUUUCUAGAAAUGGUGAAUGAAACUCAAGCAUUCUUGAGGCGUGUGCUGGAAACACAUAGCAUUAAGCUUGUGGCCCCCGUGGUCGUCUGGCUCACCUUGCAAGAGCCUGUGGACAAUGUGUCAAGAGGUACGGUGAGAAACCACCUGCCUGGGGGCCAGGACCUCUGGGCCAAGAGGGAGCUGAUGCCCAGCCACCCCGCUGUAUUUGGGGAGUGUGAGGGGGAACGCCCACUGAAGGUGUGGCGAGCAAAUGGAACGAGCCCACCAGCGCUGCUCGCCGGAGGACUGAUGGUCUCACUGCAGCCCGUGGACCCGGCAGAGUGGCUCGGAGCAUUAACGAAGUGUGAUGGCAGAGCCCUGCCUUGUCUGAAGAACCAGCUGGCUGUCCUGGCCCUGACGACUCUGGAGGUGAUAGUGAGCCAGCGCCAGAGCAUCCACCGACUUCGGGAAGGACUGCCGGGGCCCCUUGCCAGCGCCACCUCGGACACCGUCACCCGGGCGCAUCUGGACGAUGGGCUGCUGAGUGCCUUGCAGUAUUUCAUCCACUUUGGAUUUUACAAGUUUGGGCUUGAGCUGUGUUUCGUAGCAGCCCUCCACACCGUGGGGCAGCGCAUGGAUUUCUACGCCCUCAUCCACAUCAUCUGGCUGGUUUAUCUGCUGAACCUUCGGCGGAGAAAAGCCAUCGCUGAGGUCUGGCCCAGAUACUGUGGUUUCCUCGUCUGUCUGAUCAUCUUCCAGUAUUUUCUGUGUCUGGGGCUGCCUCCUGCUCUCUGCAAAGAUUACCCGUGGAGAACCACAAGUACAGAAAUACAUUCAAAUCUCAUUAAGUGGUUAUAUCUCCCCGAUUAUGCCAAGAAGCCAGAUGCCAAUCUGUUAUUCCUUGACUUCCUGCUCCUCCUUGCGGCCUCCCUGCAGUGGCAGGUGUUUGUGGAUGAGAACACGGCAUCCAUGAGGCUGCGGGCGGGCGACAACGUGGAGAUAAGCCGUGAGCUCAGGCCGGCCGACCUUGCCCAACUCAGCCCGGUUCUCAACUUCAUCUUCUGCCGCUCCUAUCUGGACAUGGUCAAGGUCGCUGUUUUUCGCUAUCACUUCUGGUUUGUGCUUUGCCUGGUGUUUCUUGCGGGAAUGACACGGAUCCACAUCCUGAAUGUUGGGUACCUGGCGGCCUUUGGAUAUUUCAUGCUGCAAGGGAGCCAUCUCCUCCUGCAGCCGGCAAAGACCAUCCUCCAGCCGUGGGACUGCCUGGUCGCCUACUCGGCGCUGGUGGUUGCUGUGAAGACUUUCCUUUCGGUCGGCGCGUGCGUGUACCUGGAGGCCUUACUCAAAUCACACUGCUGGCUGGUCCACACUUUUGGCCUAUCCUGCACGGUCCCAGGUUACCAGUUAGCCAUCCCCGAGGACGAAGCCUGUGAACCCCCAGAAAAGGAGGCGGGGAUCCUGUGGGACGCCGUGUGUCUCACCUUCCUGCUCAUCCAGCGACGGAUCUUCCUGAGUUAUUACCACCUUUACGUGGUGGCUGAUCUGGAAGCUGCUCAAGCCUUAGCAUCCAGGGGUGCUGAGCUCUUGGCACUGUCCUUGAGGGAGGCGUUGGAGCACAUGCUCCAGGAUGGCAGCUACACCUUCUUUGAGACUGACAGCGAGGAAGAGGAGCCGCAAGAAGGAAGCGAGGCAGAAAUAACAGAUCGUCAGCCAAAGCCCAGAACAGCUUUCCAGCUCGCCUACAAAGCCUGGACUGACGGUGCCGUGUGCGCUCUCCGGAUGAGGAUGGAGGAUGAAUGGGGGAUGGGAAACCCCGAGUGGGAUGAAGAGGGGCUCCGGCGGCGCCACAGUGGAGGAAGCCUGGCCCGGAGGCUCGUCACUGUGGCCCAGUUGUGCGGGGUCCUGGGACAGGUGUUGUUGGACGAUGUCACCGAAGCCCUGCGUGCGCUGGGCGGGGACAGUGCCCGGGUGUCCGGGGCCCUGCGGGUGUUGCGUCACGGCUGGCUGCCCCCGGAGGAGGACGAGCUAGAGCAGUCGGACAGGUUUUACCGGAGCCUGCCUCGCCUGGUGAAGCUAACUUUCGCCUUGCACCAGGCUGCUGUGGCCAAGUCUGAGACUCUGUGCUAUCUCGUGAUCAUUCUCAACCACACGCUCUCGGCCUCCAUCCUCUCCAUGGUUCUCCCCAUCCUGUCUUUCCUGUGGGCCAUGCUUUCUGUCCCCAGGCCCUCCAAACGAUUCUGGAUGGCAGCAAUCUAUUACACAGAGGCUACUGUUGUGGUCAAAUACUUUUCGCAGUUUGGACUCUUUCCAUGGACCACAAAGCGCUACGCUGGCAUCAACAGGGAAAAGCCGUUUUCUCUGCCCAACAUCCUCGGGGUUGAGAAGCGAGACGGCUCUGAGUUGGGCGACCUCGUGCAGCUGCUGGCCCUGUUUUUCCAUCGCUCUACCCUGCAGGGCUUGGGGCUGUGGGAUCAGCCGCCAUGUGACCAGGCUCAUUGCAAGGGGGAGAGAAAGAGCAGGAGGCGGAGAAGAAAUGCCAGUGGAGAGGCUCCAGGCGGUGGGCACCUCCGGAGACGGGCCGACCUGGACCUCUCCUCCCAGGAGCUGCCAUUGUCCCCACCAGCCCCCAAAUGGGCCUUCUGGAGGCGUUGGUGGGCCACGGGACACAGAGGGGGUCCCCAAGACCCAGGAUCCAGGAAGACAUGGAGCCUCCUUAGGAAGCAGUCACUCAGACAAAAGCAACUCAACAGAAUCUUGUUGGAGACGCUGGAGGAAACCAGGAAGCUGGGUGUUAGGAGGUCCCUCCGGAUCUAUCACUCCAUCCGCCGGUUCUUCUCCAACCUCCGCCAGCCCCCGGCAAGCCCUGUGCGCGACGUGUAUACCCUGGCUUUCCUGGUGGAGGUGCUCAACUUGGUCAUCGUCCUUUUUGGCUACUGGGCCUUUGGGAAACACUCGGCCGCUGACCUGGCGGAGUCGCUGUCGGAGGAGACGGUGCCCGGGGCCUUCCUGGUGAUGGUGCUUGUCCAGUUCGGCACGAUGCUGGUGGACCGCGCGCUGUACCUGAGGAAGGCCGUGCUGGGCAAGUGCGCCUUCCAGCUCCUUCUCGUCCUCGGCACUCACCUCUGGCUCUUCUUCAUCCUGCCCGGCGUCACCACGAGGCGGUUUAACCUCAAUCACGUGGCUCAGACCUGGUACCUGGUGAAGUGCAUCUACUUUGGCCUGUCUGCCUACCAGAUCAGGCAUGGCUACCCAAACUGGAUCCUUGGCAACUGCCUGACCAAAAACUUCAGUCUCGUCAACCUCAUCUUGUUCAAAGGGUUCCGUGUAGUACCUUUCCUCCUAGAGCUAAGGGCUGUCAUAGACUGGAUGUGGACUAACACUUCCCUCAGCCUGUCCAACUGGACUUGCCUGGAGGACCUGUACGCCAACAUCUUCAUCAUGAAAUGCCACCAGGAGUCUGAGAAGAAAUACCCCCAGCCUCCUGGGCGGCCGCAGAAGAGGGCCGUGAAGUAUGGGCUCGGAGGCAUCGCCACAUUUGCUUUGGUCUUCCUCAUGUGGUUCCCCCUGGUUUUCAUGUCCCUAGUGAAGACGGUGGGCGGCGUGACCAACCAGCCCCUGCAAGUGUCAGUCAAGAUCGCCAUCAAUGGUUACGAGACCCUGUUCUCCAUGAGCGCUCAGCGGCACAACCUGGUCCCUUUCUCGGACGCAGACUACGACAGGCUGACCCAGCAAUACGCUCUCCAUCCCUCUGCCAUGCAGUUUUUAGCGGACUACAGACCCGAGGACAUCGUUCUCGCCAAGAUCAAAAGUCAUGCCAGCCUGCUGUGGGGCGUCAGCCCCACUGACCGAUCAGCCAUGGUCCAGGAGCUUGCCAACACCACCGCCAUCUGCAUCACCACCUCCUGGGCUGUUCAGAGCUCUGUCCCCCUGCUGCUCAGGGGGUCCCCUCUGACUGGGGUCCUGCGGGAUGUGAUGCAGCUGAGGACAAGGUGGAAACCGAGGCUCGGGGGCCAGCGAGGGGCCGAGGCAGGCAGCCUGGCUUUUCCACUGUCCUUCUGUGUCGAGCACCCACCUGGCGUCUUCCCAGCAGCCCCUGGGCCGAGGGAGCAGGAGGACACCUGCCGGCCUCCUGGGCCUUCCGUGAUGCUCAGCCGUGCAGAGCCACGGCGCCUACCCAGGUGCAAGUCCAGGGCUGGGAAUGUGUCUCUGGUCAAGAAUGUGGAAGCAUCUGGCAAACACAUGGUGUGUUACACAGACGCGGAUAUACGGGACCAACUGGUGUACACACUCAGCCUCAUCCGGAAAGAGCCUGUAAUGCUCCCUGGCCUUAUUCCCAAAGCCCUGAGGACCACAGAGGGGACUGAAGUGAAAAUGGCCCACCGGUUAGAAGUUGCCCACUCCCACAGGCCACGGGACGUGGACCGCCUGGCCUUCUUCCGCAACGCCACCAUCCAGCUGCAGCAGCUGAGGCCGGUGGAGGCCCCCGUGGCCAGCCCAGCAGCUGAGUGGUGGAUGGUCCAGGAGUGGCGGCCAGGCUGUGACCAGAGCCGGGGCUGCAGUCAGGACCUGGAGCUCGUCAUCUUUAAUGACAAAGUCAGCCCCCAGAGCCUGGGCUUCCUGGCAGGAUAUGGCAUUGUCGGGCUCUAUGUGUCGGUGGUGAUGGUUGCAGCCAAGUUCAUCCGAGACCACUUCCUCGGCAUUGCCCGCUCCAUCAUGUAUGACCAGCUACCUGAUGUGGACCGUGUGCUAGGGCUCUGCACAGACAUCUUCCUGGCCCGUGAGCUGGGUGAGCUGCAGCUGGAGCAGGAGCUGUUCGCCAGACUCACCUUCCUAUACCGCUCGCCCGAGACCAUGAUCAAGUGGACGCGCCAGCGCCCACCCACUCCCUGCCUGCCCCCCACCAACCCUGUUGCUGGGGCUCCAGUGGAGCGGCUGGAAGCAGCCAUCGUGUCCUCAAGCCCUUUGGCCUCAGAGAAGUAG